CAUACGAAAACCAUUCUUAUGGGAAGCCAUUUGAAUGCUAUGGCAUAUCAUGUGGUACCGUAUACGUACUGCCUAAAUCAGUACCGUAUGUUUCCCACUCUCGUACAAAAACCGCUCUACCCUCCAAGCCAUCUGUCCUUUUUGACAUAUUGCAUAGAUUUUACCCAAUCAUAGUGUGUCGCAGUCGAAAAUCUUGACCCAAUCUAUAAAAACGUCUGCUAAUGUCCAAUUCUAUGUAAAUACGUCAGAUUCGAGAAGCGAGGAAAUACUCUUAAUGCGCGUAUGAACUUGUGCGUACACUUUCGUCAAAGCUAGACAAAUAAUCUUGAGCAAAGCCCAUUAAUGGACGAUCAGUUGUGGCAGGUUAAUCAGUCCUUUGAUGAAAUCUGUCGGUGGAUUUCUAAAUACAAGACCUAAAAUGUCUCAGGUAAAAUCAUCACACACAGGUCGGUAAUUAAGAUUGGAGUUGGAUCUGACAAUGGAGUAUUUGCCCUAAAAUGUCUCAGGGUUCCAAAUUACUCAAGAAUUUCGACAAAACGCCUUAUACAUUAUUCUUCUUGAAGUUAGGCCAAAGACUUCUUAGUAAUGUAGAGAAACAUGCAAACCAAAGGCAGGCGUGGAUGGCUUUCCACAAGAAACGACCUGAUUCGAACAUGGUUACUACACCAAUGAGUUGGCCUGGCUGUGGAAGACCCGCUGCUGGAUUAACUACACUCGAGGCAGACUACCGAAGAAGCAGAUUGGUAUCAACCGCUCAACCCGCACCGCGACCUAAAAUUAAACCACGUCGACUCCCGCCAAUCAAAGACAAUGCGACCAAAAGCAAGGAUAAGGCCAAAGGACGUCGACACAAAAACGAACGGUCGGACGAGAUGAACGACGAAACACCAUCAAAAUCGGCCACAUGGGCGCGACAAUGGGCAAACCAUCGCGCCAAACAAACCGGUGUUGUCACCAGCAACGAGCAACAUCACGAUAUGGAAAUAAGUGACGAUGACGUCGAAGAGAAAGACUCUUACCAAGAAUAUAUAGAUCACAAACGCGCGUGCGCCGUACCUUAUCAAAAAAGGCGCCAAAAAGUGGUGAGUUUGAGCGAGAGAGAAGCGGCCACCAUGAGAAGACUUCGCGGUAUUUACUGCAACACGAAAGAGAAAUCCCUACGAGUAGAAAAGUUAAAGGAAUCUAUAAAAGCGUUACAGGAUAGAACUUUACAUACAGAAGUUGACGCUAGUAUGAGGGAAUACGACAAGAAAACAAAAGUCGACAAAGGAAAUAGAAAGGAACUUAAAAGAGUCAGAGAUCGGUAUUUUAAAGAUAAACAAAGAAGAACGAAGCAUUCACACAUUAGUUUGAAUGCCCUCGAAACUCCUCAAGUGUCAAGACAUGCUUACGGUCUACCAGAAGAGGGAAAAGAAUUCGAAGAGACGACGCUUGCGAGAAAAACAGAAAAAAGACUCCAAGACAUUUGGAAAAAAGCUGUGAGAAGGGCCAUUGUGAUUGACAAAAUGAUUAACUCCAAUAAGAAGGCGCUAGAGCCCAGCCUACCACUGAUUAGAGUCAAACGGACGUCAGUCUCAAGAGAAGCGACACAACACGAAGCUCCUGUUGAAUCUAAUCCAAAAAGCCAAAAUAACUUGAUAGAUUUACAAGCGACUAUGAAUGAAUUGGACGGUUUAUCAUCAGUUGGUUCAGACUCUGAAGACAACGAUCUUACUGAUAUCGGAGAAGAAGAUUAAGCCGAAAAAAUAUCGAACGAAAUCUGAUCGCAUUGCAGGAGAAGUUGAAACACCAAGCUUUGAGAAAACAUUUAAAUCCAAUCGCAAAGAGGCAGCCAUUUUGAUACUGAGUAACCAGGCAUUUGAGUCAAAGGCCUGGAUACUGAGUCGCCUUCUUUACAUCCCAGGUUGCAUUUAGAUGUAUGUUGGUAAUGCCUGAGGAUGCCUUAUAAAAUGAAAACAAAAGGACAGCAAAGUAGCUUGGUUACUCAAUUCAGCCAAUCAAAUCAAAAUGACUGCUGUUAAGAUAUGAUCAUGACGUCACAUACUGACAAUCACGUGACUUAAAGUUAUAAAAAAUUGCAUCGUAUAACAUGCAAUUCCAAGUAAAACCGUUUAACGUCGCUAUAGCUGGGUUGUAGUAUUACAUUUGGACUUAUUUGUAUUUGCAUUAAUAGGUCACGUGACUACUUCCCGCCAUUUUUGAUUGCAGUCUCAAGAAAGAAUAACUGGUCAUAAGAAUUAUGUCAUCAAUGCAGCUUGUUCUCACUUUUGACCUCCAAAAAAGGCGGGAAAUCAAAACGUGAUCAUUAUUUACAAUGAAUCUUAUCAUUUUUAUCAUUCUUACCGCUGAAUCCUUUGACUGCGGUCCAUAAAGCGGAGCACAUCACGAACCAUGUCUGACCAAAGGUCAGAUUUCAAGUCCUUCUUUAAGAAAAAAGUUAGCGUUAGUUCUUUAAUAUAAAAGAAAAGUAAGAACCGACAUUAGUUCUUGAAAAUUUAUGAAUACAAUUUAUGAAAAUAUUAUAGGAAAGUAUAAUAAUAUAACAAUUAGGAUUAAAUUUAACUUAGCUAAGU